AUGGGCUCCUAUGGCUCAGGGUGGUUGUGGUGGCCGCUGCUGCCCCUACUGCUGCUGCUGCUGCUGCUGAACCCUGCAAAAGCCAGAGCCCAACAGCCGCCAGACUUCUCUGGAGACCAAGAGGAGUUGGACCAAGACAGAGAAGAGUCGAGGCUUACCCCACCGUGGGAUAUCUACCACUGGCCUACAGUCAUCAUGUACCGGAGUUCUGAGGUGUGUGAGGAAGAGGAAAGUUCCUGGAAGGUGCCUGACACCUACCUGGUGGUGUUCAUGGAAUCUCAGAGGCAGGAGAUGGAGAGUAUUGUCCGCAGCCUGCAGGCCCUGGCUGCAAGCCAGGGCUUCAUGUUCAAAGUGCUGCAUGUCUUCAAAGACAGCUUUCCUGGUAUCCUGAUGAAGUCUGACAAUGUGGGGAUGCUGGACAUGGUCCUGAAGCUGAGGCAGGUGACAUACAUUGAGGAGGAUUCCUUUGCCUUUGCACAAAGCCUCCUGUGGAGCCCACAGCUGAUUUCUCCUCUGUGGAACCAGUCUUUGAUCAGCACGUGGAACAUGGGGCAGACUUCUCCUGAGUGGGACCCAUUGCAGAGCCUCAACCACAGAAAUGAAGACGACCCUGUUGAGGUGUAUCUCUUGGGCACGAGCAUCCAGAUUAAUCAUGUGGAAAUCAUGGACAGGGUCACCAUCUCUAACAUUGAGACAGUACCUGAGGAGGAGUGGCUGAACACCAGCACACCCAGGACAGAGGACAGUUGUGAAAGCCAUGGCACCCACCUGGCAGCACUGGUCAGUGGGCAGAGUGUCGGCAUUGCCAAGAACAUCAGCAUACACAGCAUACCUGUGCUCAACUGCCAAGGGAAGGGCACGGUCAGCGGGAUCCUCAUGGGUUUGGAGUUUAUUUGGAAAAAGCUGGUCUCCAAGCCCUCCAAGCGGAUGGUAGUGCUGCUGCCCCUGGUGAGUGGCUACAGUAGGAGCAUCAAUAGUGCCUGCAAGCGCCUGGCAAGGGCUGGAGCAGUGCUGGUGGCCGCAGCAGGCAACUUUCGGAGAAAUGCCUGUGCCUACUCCCCAGCAUCGUCUCCUGAGGUCAUCACAGUAGGAGCUGUUGAUUCCCAGAACCAGCCAUUCACCCAGGGACCUCUGGGGACCAACUAUGGCUCCUGUGUGGACAUCUUUGCUCCUGGGGAAAACAUUGUCAGUGCUGCCAAUGACUGUGACAUUUGCUAUGUAAUGAAGAGCGGAACUGCACAGGCGGCUGCCCAUGUGGCUGGCAUCGCAGCCUUGAUGCUCACUGCCCAGCCAAAUCUCACUGUGGCUGAGGUGAGGCAGAGGCUGAUCCACUACUCUGUCAACAACGCUAUCAAUGACACCUGGUUCCCUGAGGAAGCACGAGUAAUGACCCCCAACCUUGUGGCCGCUCUGCCCAACACCACCCAGGAAACAGGUGGACAGCUGUUCUGCAGAACUGUGUGGUCAGCACCCUGGAGCAUAACACUGGCAGACCCUGCUGAGGCUCAAUGUGACCCAGAAGAGGAGCUGCUUGGCUGCUCCAGUUUCUCCCCGAGUGGGAAUCGGGAGGGCGAGCAUGUGGGGAUCCUAGGGAACAGGCAUGCUUGUCUAUCAUUUGGAGAUAGACAUGUUUCUGCGGUGGCCAGAUGCUGCCUGCUCCCCAGAGCCAACUGCAGCAUCCACACAGCUCCUCCAGCCUUGGUGGGGAUGAAGACCUAUAGCCACUGCCCACAUCCUGACCAUGUCCUCACAGGCUGCAGCUCACAUUGGGGGAUAGACCUUGGUGUCCACCAGUAUACUUCAAGGAAGCAAGGUCAUCAGACCAGCCAGUGCGUUGGGAACAAUGAGGCCAGUAUCCAUGCGUUCUGCUGCCAUGCUCCGGGCCUGCAGUGCAAAACGAAGAAGUACAGGGCAUUGCGUCUCUUGGAGAAGAUCACUGUAACCUGUGAUGUGGGCUGGACCCUGACAAGCUGCAGUGCUCAUCCUGAGACUCCGGUCACCCUGGGAGCCUUCCCUGUGGACAACACCUGUGUUCUGAGGCACCAGCGCACUGACUAUAAAGGAAGGAUCAGUAUGGAGUUUAUAACAGUCAUGGCCAUCUGCUGCCGGAUCCAGCCAUCAGGCCUAUUGUAG